AUGCCUUUCGACGCACGGGAGGCAACCAUCGACUCCGUUCAUCAUGCGCUCUACUCUAGGCUGUCAACAUGUCGGGAAGUUGUAUCUUCAUUUCUUGCGAAUAUCGAAGCUCACAACCACCGGACCAACGCCAUCAUCACACUAAAUCCCAAAGCAUUGGCAAUCGCCGAUGAAAUGGACCGGCGGCUCUCAGCUGGCAAUGCAACUGGGCCUCUUUUCUGCAUUCCAAUACUGCUCAAGGACAACUUCGAUACAGCAGACAUGCCUACUACGGGCGCUAGUCUGGCCUUGGCCCGCUCUCAACCCACAAUAGACGCCCCAAGUGUAACGGCAUUGAAGAAUGCGGGGGCUGUUAUUCUAGGCAAGGUCAAUCUACACGAACUUGCACUCGAAGGUCUCAGUGUCUCCUCAUUCGGAGGCCAGACCAUCAACCCCUAUGACUCCACUCGGACGCCUGGAGGCAGCUCUGGGGGUACUGGAGCAGCAGUUGCCGCUUCUUUCAGUGUAUUAGGCACAGGAACAGACACAGUAAAUUCACUUCGCAGUCCAGCGUCUGCCAACUCGUUAUGCAGCAUUCGUCCUACACGAGGCCUGAUUACUCGAACAGGCAUUAUGCCUAUAUCAUCUACUCACGAUGUUAUUGGACCUAUUGCACGGACUGUCAAGGACGUGGCGACUACACUUACCAUAAUGGCCUCGAUCGGCUAUGAUCCAGCUGAUAAGGCGACUGCCCUCAUACCCAGUUCAAUCCGCAUGCCUGACUAUGCUUCUUCCCUUUCCAGCACUUCCCUCAAGGGCCUACGCAUUGGGGUACUAAACGGUUUAUUUAACCGCUCCAGUUCACCAGAAGUCACGCCCGUAAAUAAUGCCAUGGACUCUGCUAUAUCACGACUGGAAGCUGAAGGAGUAACAAUCGUGCCCAUCAACGAUACUAUCUACAAUGCGACCGACAUUCAAGCCUCUUGGGACGUCCAACGCUUCGAGUUCCGUGAGCUGAUGGACCAGUACCUCCAGCGACCAUCACUACAAGGCAAGCACCCCAACACCCUCAACGAACUCUACUCCCGCAAAUCCGUCAAUGGAUCCGGUAGUGAGUUCCUCGUCAUCCCAGCCGAGUACGAAUACGUCAACACCGCCCUCAUCUCAUCAAUCUCCAACGAAACAUACAACGACCGUCAAGCCGGAAUCCAAAAUCUCACUCUCACCCUUCUCAACACUUUUGCAUCGAACGCCCUCGACGCAAUAAUCUACCCCGCACAGAAAAAUCUCGUUGUCAAAAUCGGCUCCCCCUCGCAAUCCGGACGCAAUGGCAUCCUAGCCGCUCUCACCGGCACGCCCGUCGUCACAGUGCCAGCAGGUUUCUCAGAGCCAAACGAUGAAGCGCCAGUCGGCGUACCAAUUGGCAUGGAAAUCAUGGGUAGGCCGUGGGACGAACAGAAGUUGCUGGGUAUUGCGUAUGCGGUUGAGCAGUUGCUCAGGGCGCGUAGGAGCCCGGAGUGGGCGCGAGAAAAGGUCGAGGUGCCUGAGUAUCAGAGUGUACCGGUUAUCAUGCCAGACAGGGGUAAUAUAUCGGAUGCGUAUCCGCUUGGUACGUUGGGGUGA